AGCUGAUGAGUUAAGAAGCUGUAGUUAGUUACACUAACCAAGGGUUAUGGUUAAGACUUAAGAUGAGUGGGGCUUACUAGUGGCUUUAUCUAAUCAAAAUUACAAAAAGUUAAAACCUUUUUCUAUCUCUCUCUCUCUCUCUCUCUCCUUCACAGCAAGCAACAGAGAUUCGGAAAAAUGCGAGAAAGCGAAUCAAAACGCGACAAAACUCAAGUGCGGUUGUGCUUCGAUGAAGGAGGUGGAGGAGGCAGCGUUUGGCAGAAAUGUUCAAGACACGACCUGUCCGAACGCGGUUUCGUCUGCGUUGGCGGCGUUUGUCCUUACUGCCUCCACGAUCGCCUCUCAUCUCUAUGCCCUGACUGUGCCCACGAUCUCCCCUGCUCUUGUGCUCCACGCGCCUCCGUCUCCUCCGCCGGUGGAUGCGGUGACGUUCCGUUCGCCGGUAUCGGUACGGUUGGCCGCGUUGCUAACUUGAUCGAAUGCGAACCGGCGUUUCGGAGAUCGACAUCGAUCGCGGUUCCGUAUUUAUGGUCUGCUAAACCGGAACCGGAUUCGGAAACCGGGUCGGAUGUCAAACCUAGUCGUGGACGUUGGCUAUGGAGACUGUUCAGAGGAAACAAGAAGGGAGAAACGAAAACGAAGACUGCUACCACGGUCAUGAAGAAGUCUAAAUCCGACGCCGGAGAGGUGCUAUUAUCUCCGGCGCCGGUGACGAGCAAAGGGAAUGGUUGGUACUUUCCAAGUCCGAUUAAUGUUUUCAGGCAAUCAAAGAUUAUUUUUCAACAACGAUCUCCUUUGUACAGAGGUUGAAUAUUAAAGUUCUUUCUUUUUUUUAGUAUGUGUGUUUUUUUUUUAAAUGUUUUUUUCUUUUACGUAAACGUUGAUUUGUAUAUCUUUUCAUCAUGAAAAUGUUAGAUGUUACAUGAAAAUAUGGAUAUGCUUGAUGAA